GUCUGGGACUUCAAUCGUGAAAGGAAAGAUGGCGCCGAUGACCAAGGAGAAACUCCAUGAGCGUGAAGCAAAGGAGGUGGCGCAGUUGACGGAGCGAAUUGGACUUGAGACGCCGGAAAGAGGGUCACAGAUCGAUGAUAUCGAGUCCUUUGACAUGCUUCCUCUGUCCAUCGCGACGAAGAACGGCUUGAAACGUGGCAAGUUCACCAAACCGACCAAGAUUCAAAUUGGUACCAUUCCGCACGCCUUGGCAGGUCGUGAUAUUCUUGCUGCCGCCAAGACGGGGUCUGGGAAGACGUUGGCGUUCUUGAUUCCCAUGCUCGAGAAGCUGUACAGGCAACGUUGGGAUGUAGAAGACGGCGUUGGCGCUCUCGUCAUCUCCCCAACGCGAGAACUUGCCAUGCAGAUCUUCGAGGUGCUUCGCUCGAUUGGAAAGUCACAUUCGUUUUCGGCCGGGCUCGUCAUCGGUGGAAAAAACUUUCAGGAAGAGCAAUACCGCAUCGUGAAGAUGAACAUUCUCGUGGCGACUCCGGGUCGAUUGCUACAGCACAUGGAACAAACGGCCAACUUCGAGCUGUCUAACCUGCAGAUCUUGAUCUUGGAUGAAGCGGAUCGAAUCUUGGACAUGGGGUUUUCGAACCAGCUCACGGCCAUCGUUGGGUACCUUCCUUCUGAGCGACAGACAAUGCUGUUCUCGGCGACGCAAACCAAAUCGAUCAAAGAUUUGGCACGACUCAGUUUGAACGAGCCCGAGUACAUCGCAGUCCACGAAAAGUCGACGACGGCGACCCCGAGUGGCCUCGUGCAGAACUAUUUGGUCUGUGAUGUCGGGCAAAAGCUGGAUGUGCUCUUUUCGUUCAUCAAGGCGCAUUUGAAGCAGAAAACAAUCGUGUUUGUGUCGACGUGCCGUCAGGUGCGCUUUAUCCACGACGUGUUUUGCAAAAUGCAGCCGGGGAUUCCUCUCUCGGCGCUCCAUGGUAAAUACAAGCAAGGCAAGCGCGUGGAUGUGUACUACAACUUCGUCAACAAGCCCGCAGGCGUCAUGUUUGCCACUGAUGUGGCAGCCCGCGGGCUCGACUUUCCCAACGUCGACUGGGUUGUGCAGCUCGACGCACCCGAAGACACAGCCAACUACAUCCACCGCGUAGGUCGUACUGCUCGGUACAACAAAAACGGGCGGGCGCUGAUGCUGUUGCUCGAGUCGGAAGUCAAGGGGCUACUGUGUGGCCUCGAGGAAGCCAAGAUUCCGAUCUCCAAGAUUGAAGUGAACCCGGCCAAGACCCAGAGCACUCAUGGCAAAGUCGCGUCCAUUGUAGCGGCCGACAAGGACCUCAAGGCGCUGGCCCAAAAGGCGUUCAUGUCGUACGUCCGAUCGAUCUACCUCCAGCCGGCCAAGGACAUUUUCGAUGCGACGGCGCUGAACACGGACCAGCUCGCGUCAUCCUACGGUCUCCCCCAUGCACCCCGCAUGCCGUUUCUCAAGGAUGUCGCGGCGCAGACCCGAGAAGUGAAUCGCGAAAAGAAGAACGUAAACCGCAAGCUCCAGUCUCUGAAAGAAAAAAUCAAGGCGGAGAAGCUGCUCAAGAAACUCGGCACGUCGCAACCGUCCAAGGCGCCAGAGAGCAAAGAGUCUUCCGACGACGAUGAAUCGGGCGACGACAGUGCGGACAGUGAUGAGGAUGACAGCGAUGGCGAAGAUGACGACAAGGUCGAUGACUCGGACGAUGGGGACGACCUGCUCGUGGUCAAGCAAGUGCACAACUGGGACAAAGACGAGCAUGUCGGAGACCUGGAAUCGGCGCAGGAAAAGAAGAAACCCAAAUCGAAGAUCCGCAUCCACGCGUCGAACGCUUCCAAAGUCGUGUUUGGCAAAGACGGGAACGCACUCAAACCGUUUGACCAAAUGGCUUCGGCAAACGUGGACGAGUUUGCCAACGUCGACGAGCAUGCCAAGCAAUUUCAAGAAACAGUCGCCAAGCGAUUGCUUGAAAAGGACGAAGAAGAUAGACAGCUCGAGAAGGAGCGCGUGCGUGCGAAGCACACCAAGAAACGUCAACAGAAGAAGGGCGAACGCGACGAGGACGGCCAAGACGGUCCUGGUGCUGUCUUGGACCUGGGUAGCGACCAAGAUGGGUCGGACGAAAGCGAUGGCGCGACGGCUGAUAGCGACGACGACGAGGAUGAAGAAGAAGAGGAUGUGUCGGAAGAGGAGAAGGACCGCCGUAUGAAGGGACGGGAGGCGUUGGCAUUGGAGAUGAUUAUGGCGCGCAAGAAGCGACGCUUGGCGUAAUUUGUCAAGUGUCCCCUUAAUUUACUGGCCACCUCCUGAAAAAUCUAGAUGUGUUGGAUGGCUCCACUUUCAACUUGCCGCCCUGACGGGGUUUCCUCGAAGAACCGUGACUACAUGUACGAAAGACGCUCCCAAGUCCGUGUGCUUGGUAGGUACACUUCAUUGAGGGUAGCGUUGUCCGUGAGGCGAAGGUACUUGACCAUGGUUGGAUGCAGCAGCACAAGCAAAAAUGACGUAGGAGGACCUCCAUCUUCGACUGCAUUGGUGUCCCGGGAAGCGACGUGUGGAUCGUACACACCUGGGUGUGGCCAGUAGAACUGUGCCUUGGCUGCAUCACUCAAUGCAUUCCACUGUUCGGUUCUUGCCAACAACAGCGCGCCAUCUGCGUCGCUUGGUACGACCUCCAAGUGUCCUGCAAUUCGGUAUUGCUCGGACGUUUGGGAGAACCACCAAACCAUUUCGCAGAAAGGACUGUGUUGGAUUUGGUGAACUUUGUCACUACGGGAAUCUGUGAUCAUUUUCAUGGCGAGAUCUCCUGACGGCAUGUCGAAGAACCCUCGAAACACGACAGUACGGCAGUGUGGGAGUCCAUCCGAGUCCACCGUGGCAAGCUGCACGUAGUUGCCUCCACGAAUGCCAUGGCUUUCCUCAAUCGAAACCUUGAUCUUCUCGAACCAUUGACAGUGAUUUGAGCCGCUCUGACGCGGCGCCAGCGACGACGCCAUCCUGGAAUGGCACAGCCGCAUCAUCAUUGACAACUC